AUGCUCCAUCUGCGAAAAGCUUUAUCUGAUAAUCUGCUCAGCCCCAACUAUUGCCGCAGCCUCUUCUGUCUCUAUCUCCGGACAAAGUCCGGCAAUGGCUCCGGCGGCUUUUGCUGGAAAACCGUUGGAGAAGAAGAAGAAGAAGAAGGGCAAAUACGUCUUUUUAAAAGCAGAGGGCAACACCUCCUGACCAACCCGCGAGUGCUGGACGCCAUCAUUCGGGCUUCGGGCGUGAAGCCCGAUGACACUGUUCUGGAAAUCGGGCCCGGCACCGGGAAUCUCACUCUCAAGCUCCUUGAGGCCGCCAAUAAAAUUAUUAAUGGUGAUGCAUUGAGGACCGAGUUCCCAAAAUUCAAUCUUGUCGUGGCAAACAUUCCUUACGGCAUAUCAUCGCCUUUGUUGGCUAAAUUGGUUUAUGGUGCAACCGAAAAUCCGUUUAGAAGCGCAACAUUAUUGCUUCAGAAAGAGUUCGCGAGGAGGCUUUUGGCAAAACCAGGAGAUUCCGAGUUCAAUAGACUGGCCGUGAAUGUGAAUCUGGUUGCAACUGUUGAAUUUGUAAUGGAUGUAAGCAAGAGGGACUUUGUACCGUGCCCGAGAGUUGAUUCCUCGGUGGUGAAAAUUUACCCGAAAAGUGAAAUCCUGAAUGUCGACCUAGACGAGUGGUGGGCUUUUACUAGGACUUGUUUUUGCAAGAAAAACAAGACUUUAGGCGCAACGUUUAAACAGAAGAGGAAAUUGAUGGAGUUAAUGAAAUUGUCUAAAUUUGGUUUGCUUUCCGAAGAUGGUAAUACAGAAUGUGGUGAAUGUGAUAGCAAUGGUGAUGGAGAUGAAGAAGGAUUCGGGUCGUGUUUGGGCUCCGAUAAUGGGGUUGGCAUUCUCAGGAGGAAAAUCGUGAGCGUUUUGGAAUCGGGUGAGUUCUUGGAUAAGAGGCCGUCCAAACUGUCAAAUGAUGAUCUUUUGUGUUUGUUGUCUCUGUUUAAUGAAGCUGGUAUCUAUUUUAGUGAUCAAGAAAAGCCAAAGGGUGGUGUUUGUGCUGCUGCUUGUGAAGAUUUGAUGUAA